CAGAUGUGGGGCUGGAGGCAGCCGGGCUGCAAAAAGACAUAGCGGGGCAGGCUGGCCCUCGGCGUUCAUUCGUAGCCCCCCAGCUGGGGACCGACGGGGCCAGACCCGCCAUCCGCAGCCACGGCAUCCUCCGCACGGAGACCCCGCCGGCUGCCUUUCCCCAGCCCGUCUCCCUAUCACGUUUGGUUGCCUUCAGAGGCAGCGAGAAACCUGCUUCCAGCCCGGCUGGGCGGCUGGCCUGCUGCCAGUGCGCUCGCCCACGCUGCGCUCGCGCAGGCGGCACGGCCGCGGCUCGUCCCCGCGUCCCCGUCCCCGCGCCCGGCAGGAUGGCAGGGGCCGAGGGCAGCCACCGCCGCCACGCAGCAGGUUGAUCAUUAACCUCCUCCUCUGCCGCCGCCGCCGCCGCAGCCCGGCAAAGCUCCCCGGGGCUGGCUCCGGCCUCCCUGGCAGGAGUGCCUGCCGGCAUGGCGAGCUCCCGCGCGGGUGAGCCGUGCACGGCGGUGGCAGAGGAGCCCGAGUGCUCCGUCUACGAAGAGGUGCUCCCCGACGAGAGAACGGAGCAGAGCCAGAGGCUGGCCGUGGAGGAGCUCAUCACCACGGAGGCCAGCUACGUUCACAACCUCCAGCUCUGCGUGUCGGACAUCCGGGCGCACCUCCAGGAGAAGCAGCUGCCUGAGCUUGACCUGGAAGGACUCUUCUCAAACACUGAUGACAUCCUCCAUGUCUCCAGACGGUUCCUGGAAGGCCUCAAGGCCACGGCUAACCAGGAGUACGAGCAGCUGCUCUGCAUCAGUGCCCUGUUCCAGGAGUUCAAGGAGGAGAUGGAGACCGUCUAUAAAAUCUACUGCGCUAGCUAUGAGCAUGCCCUUCUGCUGGUGGAAAGCUACCGGAAGGAUCCAAGGCUGCAGGAAGAGAUUUUGGAGACCCUGAAAACGACAGUGCCUCACACAGGGGCAUCAGACCUCAGCUUCUUUCUGGUGAUGCCGGUCCAGCGGAUCACAAAGUACCCGCUGCUGCUGCAGAAGAUCCUGGAGAACACCCCUGCCAGGGCCAGCGCCUACCCAGCUCUGCAGAGGGCACUCAGCGCCAUGGCCGAGGUCAACACCAACAUCAACGAGUACAAACGGCGCAAAGAAGUAGCAACCAAAUACAGCAAGGCCGAGCACCUGACGCUGCGAGACCGCUUUGCUCGCCUCAACACGCACUCCAUCGCCAAGAAGACCACGCGGCUGAGUCGGCUCUUCAUGCACGAGACUGGCAUUGUGUCCAAGACAGAGGACAAGGAGUAUGAUGACCUGGAAGAGAAGUUCCAGUGUGUGGCAUCCAGCGUGAUCGCACUGAAGGAGAAUGUGGUGUCCUAUCUGAAACAUUUAGAGGCAUUCCUGUUGUCCACCCCACACAAGCAUGAGCUGCAGAUCGAUGAGGGAGUUGCCCAGCAAUACCACCGCUUUGCAGAAUGCCUCCAUCACAGUGUCUUCCCAGAGUUUAGGCAACGGCUGGACAGGCUGGUCUGCCAGCCCCUCCGCAGCCUCUCAGACAUGCUGGUGGGGCCACAGCAGCUGGUCAAGAAGCGCCUGGACAAGCUGCUGGACUACGAGGAGAUCCAAGAGCGUAAGAGCGAGAUGGGCAGUGUCACAUACGACGAGGAGGCAGCCAUGAACACCUACCUCGCUAUCAACGCUCUGCUCGUGGCCGAACUCCCACGGUUCAACCAGGUGGCUGUGCAGCUGCUGGUGCAAAUACUGUGCUCCUUCACUGUCCUUCAACGGGACUUGGCCGCACGGGUCUUGGAAGAGGCAGAAAAGGAGCUAGAGCAGAUGCCCCACAGCCAUGUGCCUCUACCUAGUUUCUGGAAGAUGAUGGAAGACACCUUGCAGCAGUCUGGGGCUCAGCUCCAUACCUUCUGCCAGAAGUUUGAAACAGUCAUGCCAAGCCCUGUGUCACAGCCUCUGAACCCUGCUGAGGAGCGGAAGGUCCUUUCCCUUGUGAGCAAACAUGGUCCAGACAAACUUUACCAAGUGACAAGCAACAUCAGCGGCAACAAAGAUUUGGACCUGACCUUGCAAAGGGGACAGAUUGUAGCUCUGCUGCAAAGUGCGGACACUAAGGGGAACACGAGCAGAUGGCUGGUGGAUGCUGGAGGUCCCCGAGGGUUUGUCCCUGCUGGAAAACUCCAGCCCUAUUGUCCAGUACAAAGCCAGCAGCCCGGGAUGCAGAUGCCAGCCCUGGAGAGUGGGACAGAGAGGAGGCGACAUUCAUAUGCGUUACCUGAUGCUCCCAGGCCUCAGGUCUCCACAUUCACCCCAGCUUUCCAGGUGGUUGCAGGUUUCUCCUUCACAGCCAGGAGUCCCCAGGAGGUCAGCAUCCAAGCUGGGCAGCCAGUGCUGGUGCUGGAACCACACGACAAGAAGGGAAGCAAGGAGUGGAGCCUGGUGGACGUGAAUGGCCAGAAGGGCUACGUGCCCUCCAGCUACCUGGUGAUGGUCCCUGUGCAGCAGCCCCUGGGCUGGAGCUUGCCUGUGUGAGCACCGCCAACCCAGCACCCAAGGGCAUGGGCUUCGUGCUGGUCUCAGAAGAGAGCCAUCCGCCUGGCACCCCAAGUUGCUCACCGUGGGAAAUGCUGGAGAGGGAGGCAGCGUGGGAGGGGCCUGAGCAGGGAAGGCGGUGGGAAGCAGCUGGCAGAAUAUUGCCCAGAGGAUGUGGGUGCGAGGGAUGGAGGUCAGGAGAUGUGUUUUGUGCUGACAGGUGCAAGAGCAGGAAGGCGUGAGGCUGUGGUGUCCCAUACAUGUUCGCUCACUGUUAGGCACCAUGAAGGAAAGGCUCAUGAGGAAGAGAAGGCAGGUGGGCUGCCAUUUUGCAGGGAUUUACUGAAAUCCGUAUCAGUGACAAAAGUGUCCUUGGGGCAAGGAGAUAGAACGUGUCCCCAGUUAGAUCAGGUCCAGCUGCAAAGGGGGUUUUCAGCCUGGCACAGAGCUACUGGGGCUCCUGGAAAUGUGCCUUUAGGGCAGUGCCCACAGACAACCUUCUCAUCCAAAAGAGAGAUGCUGGUGUGAGUGCAGAGAGGUGAGGAGCCC